GAGGCUAUGGAUAUCUUCACUCUCAUCUGAUGAAGAGCUCGGUAGUUUCCGAGUCUCUGUAAACAAACAAAUCUCAAAACUUCACGGGAGAACUCGUUUUCAAGACAAGUGUAUCAUUCAUCGCACAAACUGUUACGAAAUAUCUCUGUGUAUUCUCUUUCCAAUCUCUUGCCAAUCUUCUGCAAUAUCUCUGGUCGCAAUACAAAGCAAAGACCGUACAGAGGAUCAAGCAGACCACUCCACUACUAUCCAACCCCGCACUCUCAUAUUGUACGCGAUGCCUCCCAGCAUUAUUCCAGAUGGCAUGGUACAAGAUCUUCUCGAUUUUAUUCGUGAAGCAGUUCCUGUUAUCUAUGAAGCAAGCAUUGAACUGCUGGUAUUAAUCCUCGAAAAUUGUCCUGCUACAUCAGAUGUAGCUAAGUCUCACGGCCGCUGGAUACACAUCAAUAUUAUGCGACAGCUCUUACUAUUAGGGGAAGAAGAGAGAAAAGAAUGGGUGAUCGACCUAUUCGGCGGCAAAAAUUACACUGCGGAACUCUUCGGGGAGACAAUGAUCGAGAGCGGAAUUUGGAAAGAAUCCAAAGACGAGAAUGGAUUUACUUUCUAUUCUAUGAAUCGACAAAAAGAAGCGAAUCUUCGCAAAUGGCUUUCACAACCUAGAAUCCAGGAGAUUUAUAAAGGUGAAGUAAUGGAAUGCCUGCCUCUGAUCGCGAAGAAGAGUGUUGAAGGAUCCGAUUACAUACCAAAGAAAGGUCCCAAAUCAAAAUACAAAGUCAUCGCUCCAGAUUGGCAGAAGGAAUUCAUCGAAACCAAAAAACAACUCGCACAAUCACAAGCCCUUAUUGAAAGCCUACAGGAAGCUGUGCAAGCAGCGAAUGACAUCAUAGAUACUCAAAACACUGUCCUCGAGAAUACAAAUCAGCAAUUGAAGGUGGCACGUACGGCUAAUGCAAGGUCGGAAAAGGUGUGGAUGAAGAGAUACAAGAAGUUUUUCAAACGCUCGUGGAGCUAGGUGAUCUCUAAGGGUUAGCAUUGGUGGGGAUAUGGAGUCAUGGAGUUGUGGAGCUACAGGCUAUGUCUGAAUAGGAGUUUGGGGGUAUGUUCUGGAACUUGGAGGGGAAUGUUUCAAUGGUUGUCAGGACUACCCUUGGACAUUGAAACAUAUCGAUCUGCAACAAUUCGUUUUGAAGAGUAUUCCAGAUUUAUUGAAAGGUUAUGGAAGGUUCUGAGGCGGUCCAGAGGUGUGAAUUAGCGUGGAGCUACGGAGAGCUAGAGAUAGACUUUCUUUCAUCGGAAGACUUGUUGGGGCUUCCCUUGUAAUUUUAAGAUUCA